CUCUCCCUUCCUCCACAGAAAUACUUAAAGCAUGAAAUGAAAUUGCCUAUGGGAAGCAUUCCUGCAAGAAGAAAGGACAUGGAGAUCCCCAGAAAUGCUGAUUGCUUGUUAUACAUUUUUGUUCCUUGGUUUCCACUACAAUAGUUGCAUAGUGGUGUCUUUUUUCUUAAUGAAAGGAGCUAUGUAGGAUGAAAGGAGAGAGACUCCUGUAGGCCAGCAUUCAGUGUGAUCAGCUGUGCCUGUCAGGAUGGUAACCUUGUUUCCACAUCAGCAGUGUUAUGAAAGAGUUCCUCAUUUGGGCAUAACUGGAAGAGCAACAUUCAUUCCAAGAGAGAAAAGGCAGUAAAUCUGAAUUUUGGAACAAGAGACGGAGCAUGCUUUUCAACCUGGUGCAAACCCAGAGAGAGCUGUGAUACCGCUCAGAUAAUUUGAAGCACCCUACAAUGGUUUGGGAAGUAAAGACAAAUCAGAUGCCUAAUGCAGUACAAAAACUUCUGUUAGUGGUGGACAAGAGAACUUCAGGGAUGAAUGAAUCAUUGGAAUUGUUGAAGUGCAAUGAGAACCUUCCGUCUUCUCCUGGAUAUGCAUCCUGUGAUGAGCACAUGGAGCUUGAUGAUCUGCCAGAACUGCAGGCCGUUCAUACUGAUUCUACCCCACCUGCACUUUUCCAGCUGAGUGCUCAUGUCUCCCAUCAGGAAUAUUCAAGGCCUUUGUGGAAGCAACAUACCUCGAGCAGCAGUCCAGAAAGUUCUUACACUUGUGAGAAUGAAGUGAACUGGUUGACGGAGUUGGCAAACAUAGCUACUAGUCCACAGAGUCCUCUAAUGCAGUGCUCUUUUUAUAACAGGUCAUCUCCUGUUCACCUGAUAGCUACAAGCAAAAGUUUACAUUCCUAUGCACGCCCUCCACCAGAACCCUCUCAGAGUGAUUCUGGUUUUCCCAGGCAUAAUAUUGAUGAAUCACCAGUCAGACAUGAAAGGACAAAUAGCGAAUCAGAGUCUGGCAUUUUCUGUAUGUCAUCGCUAUCGGAUGAUGACGAUCUAGGCUGGUGCCACUCUUGGCCUCCAACUGCCUGGCACUGUUUCCUUAAAGGAACACAGUUGUGCUUUCACAAAGGGGCAAAGAAAGAAUGGAAGGAUGUUGAAGAUUUUGCUAGGUUCACAGGCUAUAAAAAUGAAGCUGAGGAUUCAAUGAGUUCUUGCAAAGAAUAUGGUUCUGAUGGCUUGAAGUUGAUAUCACAUGAAGAAACUGUUUCAUUUGGAGAGUCUGUACUAGAGUUAACGUUUGACCCAGGCACAGAAGGAGAUUGCUUGCUUACUGUGGAAUGUAAACUAGAUCACCCUUUCUACGUUAAAAAUAAAGGUUGGUCAUCUUUUCAUCCGAGCCUGACUGUGGUUCAGCAUGGUAUUCCAUGUUGUGAAAUGCAUAUUGGAGAUAUAUGCCUACCUCCUGGACACCCAGAUGCAAUUAAUUUUGACGAUUCAGGCGUUUUUGAUACAUUCAAAAGUUAUGAUUUCACACCGAUGGAUUCCUCUGCUGUCUAUGUGUUGAGCAGCAUGGCCCGUCAGAGGCGCGCUUCUCUAUCAGGAGGAGGGUCAGGAAGCCAAGACUUUGAAAGAUCAGAGUGCAGCGCAAACUAUGGGCUCACGCAGCCAUCACAGAUUUCAUCCCAUUCUUUGUACAGAAAAGCUGGCAAAAGCCACAGCUCAGGGACUGCAACUACUGUGAGUGCCACUUCUCCCAACAAAUGCAAAAGACCAAUGAAUGCCUUCAUGCUUUUUGCCAAAAAGUACAGAGUUGAAUAUACUCAGAUGUAUCCAGGAAAAGAUAACAGAGCCAUAAGUGUGAUACUUGGUGACAGGUGGAAGAAAAUGAAAAAUGAGGAAAGGCGGAUAUACACCUUAGAAGCCAAGGCUUUGGCUGAAGAACAAAAACGUUUAAACCCUGACUGCUGGAAACGGAAAAGAACAAAUUCAGGUUCACAAUGAGAGUACAUUGGGAUUCUCCAAAUACAUGGCGGUGGAUGACUUGAUCACUGUUUCAUGGCCUGUUGUGAAGGUGUGAACGUAAAACGCCUGCAGCGUUCAGUAAUUAGGAAUGACAAUUUGCUUAUCACAGUAGAGCAUUAAGCAAGCUAAAAAAAAACUAUCAACAUUUUUAAAAACCAAAUUGCCUUAUUUUUCUUCCAAACUACAUUAUAUGUCGAUCAGGUAUAAUAGGCUUGAAAAAUGGAUAUCCUGUGGUGCUAAAAGAAUAGCGGGAAGAAGAGGAGCUUUGAAUAAAUGUUUUGUUUUUUUAAAAAUGCACAAAAAGGGGAAUUUUAAAACAUGUAAAUCUGUUUAUACAUUGAUUCUUUAUUGCUGAUUAAUAUGUAUUGCACAAAUAUGUAAUUGACUUACAAAUCUGGGAGCUGGGAUUUUCUGACGUAUAGGAACUUCUGGGUGAGAAUCCUCUUUGGGACAUAGGCUGGCUUCACUCAGCUUAUGCAGGGUUUUGGGGAUGUUGUAGAAGGCGGUCUCUGCUCCACUGCCUCCUGCAUGGUCUCUCCUGUGCAAUAGAUGCCAAGGGCUUUCAUCGGUUGGCCUUUUUGGCCUCUGGGCAGUUUGGAGCAUUGCCCCCUCCCCGACCUUUAAUGCACCCCCAGGAUAGAGGGAAACAACAGCAAGGUUAUGCUAGUGUUUGUAUUGUAUCCCAGCCAUCUGCCCAGUGCCAACCAGUUACCAGAAUGUGUGUCAAAACAGAUAGUAUAGUGUAUACUAUAUGUAGCAAGGUGGUUGUCUAGGAAGACUGCCCCAUCCCCACCUCCAUUUAUAAGAUACUUGAGGCGUGAUCUCUUCCCAAUAGAAAUAAAAGGCUUGUAGAACUGCCUGGGUUGUGCCUCUGAGCCCAGCAAUAAAUCCAUUUAGUAGCAUUGUGUUAUCCCAAAAGAAUGGUGCUUUUGUGGUGUCACCAUUUUAUUUUAAAAACUUGGGGUGGUUUCUUUUUCCAAUGCUGCGUAUUUUAAAAGAUUUUAUUUUGCCAUAAGACAUCUUUUUUAUGGUGGGGACAAACUUUGCACUUGCUGUAGGUGCAACAUUUGCACUUUACUUUUUUUCCCUCCAUCUUUUUGAAAUACUUAACAGCAGAUAUGUUAGAUUGAUGGCUCUUUUUUGGCUGUGAACAUUUAUGACAUAGCUUUUCAAUGUUACUAAGUAAAGAUUGUGUUUCUAUUUAAGAAUCACAAUAUAAAUUUCAGCACCUGACAUGUCUGUCUCCAUAAUGUUGCUCCUAUGAUUUUGCACACUAUAUUCAUGUAUUAUUACAAAUAAAUUUGUAAAACAUA